AUGGCCGUUCCUCGCACCGCUCGCUGCUGUGCCGCCGUAGCACGGCGUUUCUUGAAGCCGUCCGUGGUGUCUCCCUCCAACGCCAUCUUAGCACUCACGCACUCCGCUCGAUUUGUGUGCACCCCUGAGGCAGAUAGACGCUGCACUUCAUCUGGUUUGCCGACUGGCGUGUGUGCCGAUACCUUCGAGGCGUGCCCCGUGUGCAGCAGCAGCAAAGGAAACUGCGCCAGCAGUAAUUCAAAGCGAAGCGGAGGGACUGCGACCGGGAUGGGUCGUCCUCAACGAGGCACCAAGGUACAUCUCUUCUCCAAGUCGGCGCAGCAACUUACCCCCGCGCAACUGACCCACUUCAGUCAUUUGGGAAGACUUCUCCAGCGGCUGUCUUGUCUUCGAUGGCCGUCAAGCAAUGCCGUGCAAAUGGCCAGCAAGGCUGCUGAAGCGUACCCCCUGCUGUCCCAAGAGGGGGAGGGUGCUUCACAGCCGCCUCAAACUUGGACCUCCACAGAGUGCGGGCACGCGCUUCACAACGAGCUGUUUGUCGCGAGUCGCGUGAUUGCCUCUCCCUACCACCACGCACUCCCUGCAGAGACGGACACCGUCGCUUGCUGUGAUGAGGCCUUCACAGGGGUCAACCAUGCGUUUCACAAGCGCGUCAAUCCUGCCGGGGCGACGCUACAGGGAAUACUGAAGGGUUGCGCGGAGCAGAAUGCACUCGGCGCUGCGGCUGCCAGCGGUUGUAUCUACGCCGACGUGGCAGACGUGUUUCUCCUGGCUGCUCGCUCCUCACCGAUGACUUCUUCUCGUCACGUACAAGAUUUGGGUAAAAGGAUCACUGCACCGGUACCAGCCAUAUGCAGCUCUUGUGCGACUGCCUGUCGCAAGGCAGGCCCACAUGCGGCACAGGCGGACGCGAUCUUUCCCUGUCCGGAGUGCUGGCGUCAUUUAUGCCAUGUGGCGCGUGCGCGCCUUCAACAAGAGCGACCGCCGCUGCGCUUGUUUGUCUACGCCGCCUCGCCGGCUGCCACAGUGCACCUCUUCUCCGUAGCUCAGCAGCGCAUGAAGACGAUGGAAGCGCCUAUGGAUGUCUGCAUUGUGUCAGGUUAA